AGUUUUCUUGCAGGCCUUCCUUCAGAGUAUGAGACUGCUAAAUCUCAGAUUCUUUCCAGUUCUGAGAUUUCCUCUUUGCAUGAAACAUUCACACGGGUCCUUCGUACAGAGAGUACCCAAUCUUCACAGCCUGCCAGUAGUGCUCUUAUUAGCCGUAAUCCAAAUGGACAACAGGGUAAUAGAAGAGGAAGUAGAGGAGGAAUUACAGCAAAGUAAUCAGCGUAAUGGAGAGGCUAGUUCUAAUCCGGACUCAAGAGGAGUCAUUUGUUAUUAUUGUCAUGAGCCUGGCCAUACAAAAUAUAAUUGUCCGCAGCUUCAGAGGAAAAAUCAGCGAUCACAGAUGGCAAAUAUGGCAGCAGAGGAUUCUACGGUAUCUUCCUCUGAGAAAACUGUUUUGGUAUCUGCAGAAGAUUUUGCACAGUUUUCCCAGUAUCAGGCAUCUCUAAAGCCUACCAGUUCCCCUAUCACUGCGAUCGCUGAGUCAGGUAAAUCCACUACAUGCCUUGUGUCUUCCUCAUCCAAAUGGGUUAUUGAUUCUGGUGCAACAGAUCACAUGACAGGAUCUUACGACGAAGCAGAUUAUUGGUAGAGGACGUGAGUCAGGUGGUCUCUACAUUCUGGAAAAUCAUGUACCGCGGUCGCUUGUUUGCUC